CACACACAGCUGAAAAUUGGAGAAUCUCGUCCUCGACCCGGCAACAAGGAGCGAUAGUAAACAGGGGCAGGGAAAUCAUUUGCACGUCAAUAAAGCUUGCCUGCAGAGUCACUCUCAUUCAUUCAAGAAGAAGAAAAAAAGAAAUGGACCAGAUCGCCAAAGACACCGAGUCGCUCAAGCUGGGCGACUCAUCCUCACCAUCAUCAUCAACCACCACAGCAACAACCACAACGCAUGGACCAGCACCACCACCAGCACCACCCUCGGCCACAGAUAACAACAACAACAACAACAUGGACAUGGAUAUCACGUCGAUGCUGCCGGAGCUGCCGCCGGGCCGGCGCACGCACAACUACGCCGGCAUGACGCUCGAGGAGACGGUGGCGGACCUCAAGACGCACCCGCUCUUCAUGACGGAGCUGGACCCGGCCGCGGCCGAGGACAACGAGGAGCUGGCGGCGCUGCAGGCGCUGGCGUACGAGGGCACGCCGCGGGAGAACGCGGCCAACUUCAAGGAGCAGGGGAACGAGUGCUUCCGGGAGAAGAGGUGGCUGGAUGCGAAGGAGUUUUAUGGGAAGGGGAUUGCGAUACUAGUUGGGGAGGAGAGGAGGCGGGCUGCCGGGGGGAGGAGGAGGGUUAGGAAGGAGGGUGCUGGUACAAGUAGUAGUAGUGGUGGUGGUGCUGCCGGGAAGAAAGGUGUGGUGGUGGUGUUGGAUGCAGAGGCGGGGACUAGGUCUGCUGGACCGGACUUGAGCGACGACAAGGAGAAGGAGGAUGAGGAGGGGCAGAAACGGGUGGGGAACCACCACCCAGACGACGACUUCGAGGAAGUGGACGACGACCCGGCCGAGGUGGCGGCCGAGCAGGCGCUGCUGGAGACGCUCAGCGUCAACCGCGCGGCGUGCCACCUGGAGCUGCGCAACUACCGCUCCUGCACGGUCGACUGCGCCGCCGCCCUGCGCCUCAACCCGCGCAACCUCAAGGCGCUGUACCGGUCCGCGCGCGCCCUGCUGGCCGUCCACAAGCUCGCCGAGGCCGACGACGCCUGCGCCCGGGGCCUGGCGCUCGACCCGGCCAACAAGCCGCUGCGCACGCUGACGCACGAGAUCGCGCGCGCGCGCGAGGCCGACCUGGACCGGCGCAAGCGCGAGGACGAGCGCCUCGCCAGGGAGAAGCUGCGCGACACGCUGCUGAGGACGGCGCUGCAGGCGCGCGGCAUCGUCACGCGCACUACGCCGGGCCGCCGCCCGCCGGACAUGGAGGACGCGCAGAUCCGGCUGAGCCCGGACGAGCUGGACCCGGCGAGCGGGCUGGUCUUCCCGACCAUGCUGCUGUACCCGUGCCACAUGGAGUCCGACUUCAUCAAGGCGUUUAGCGAGAGGGAGAGUCUGGAGCAGCAUUUCGGGUAUGUCUUCCCUUUGCCGUGGGACAAGACCGGCGAGUAUGGCGUCGGUAGUGUCGAGUGCUACGUGGAGAAUGCCAGGGGCGGGUUGGUGAAGGUGGGCAAGAAAGUGCCGCUGCUGAAGGUGUUGAGCGGGGGCGAUGUGCCGGUCGUGGAUGGGCUGCUGAAGGUGUUUGUUGUGCCUAGGGCGAGGGCGGAGGGGUGGGUUAGGGAGUGGAAGGAGGCGAAGGCUAAGCAGGUGCAAUAA